AUGGAUGAUUAUUCAACGAAAAUUAAAUUAUCUGCUGAACAUUUAAUACGUGUAGAAUUUCCGGAGAAAGCUUUAGAACUUGAUACACUUGUUUCUAGUCAAGUUUUAUCAUUCAGUGAAGUGACUAAAGUCCGAGCAGAAAUUCAAUUACCAACAGCUGAAGAUUUGGUCGCACAUAGUAAUAACAUCGGAUCUGGUGAUGAUCGUCAUAGUACCAGUUCAGCAUCGAAUAGUAAUGCAACAAAGAAACGUAAAACUGAAUCGAGUGAUCAUAUCAAUCAUGAUGUUCUGAGUGGUACUCCAAUUUAUGUUUUUCAUGGUGUUGUUCCAUCGAAUCCAUUGAUAACAACUCUUGAAGAAAAACUCAAACCAUACAUCUUUCAUUUUCUUGAUAGUAUCGCGAUUAUUAAAUUGUGGAUCCAAUUAAUGAUUCCAAAAGUUGAAGACGGAAAUAAUUUUGGUGUUAGCAUACAAGAAGAUUCAUUAGCGGAAGUGCGAACAUUGGAAACGGAUGUGACACAAUAUUUGGAUUUGACAUAUAAAUAUUUGAUUUCGCGUGGUGAAUUAGUGAAGAAAGUAGCGAAGUAUCCUCAUGUGGAUGAUUAUCGUCGAAGUGUUCAAUCGUUGGAUGAAAAACAAUUCGUUUCAAUGCGUUUUAUCGCUCUUGAACUUCGAAAUCAUUAUACGAGUGUUCACGAUCUUUUGAUGAAGAAUUUGGAGAAGAUCAAAAGACCAAGAUCAGUUCAAACACAUUCAAUGUAUUAA